AUGCAACAAUCCCCAUCUACUACAACACCACCGGGGCCUUCAACUGUUCCUCAGUUUGUUGUAAUUCACGAUCAAUUACAACAGUGCUGGAAACACCCAGUAGUCCAUUAUGUAUUUGAGGGCGAACCUUUUCCCUCGGACGUACCAAAAGACUCGUAUGUAUUGGUAAAUCUUGGUGAAGAUGGUGAAAGUAUUGUUGAUGUUAAUUCAUUAAGCCAUAAAUUUCAAGUAACAAACUGCAAAGUUAGCUCCACUCCACAAAUGAAUGCUACUGCGGGGCCAGGUGGUAAAGAAUCUAACACAAGUUUGAUGUUAACUAUCGAAGGAAUGUCAGCCAAUCAACCAGCAAAAAAUCGAAGCAAACAAUAUAAAGAAGAAUUUGAUCAAUCAUCUAGUAUGUUUGGAUUAGAUGAUUUGUUAUAUGAUUUCAAAAAAAGGAAUGAAUUAAUAAGACAAACACUCAUAUUUUCACAAAGUCAAAGAACCUAA